AUGGCUGAGGAAGGAGAGGAAGAGCGAGGGCGGGCGAAGGGCGAGGGCGGGGAGGCGGAUCUGUUCAAGAGGCUUAUUCGGGCGAACGAGGAUGAGGGAGAUGGGAGUAAGCUGAAUGAUGACGAGCUCUUGAGCACGACAUACGUCUUCCUCCUCGCCGGACAUGAGACGACAGCCAACACGCUCGCCUUUGCCUGCGCUCUACUCGCUCUCAACCCGUCCGUGCAGGCCAAGCUGCGGGAGGAAGCGGAUUCCGUCUGGCCUUCCGUCUCUUCGCUCUCCUCUGAAAUCGCCUUCCAGAGCUAUAGGGAAGACAUGCCCCGCCUGAAAUACGCCGAAGCGACUUUCCGCGAGACUCUGCGUCUUUUCCCUGCCGAAGUGCGGAUCACGAAACGCGUUGCAAGAGAUACGGUGCUAAGAGGAACAUAUCUCAAGACCGGGGAGAAGUAUGAUAUGCCCGUUCCCAAGGGGACGGUCUUUUGGAUCGACAUCUGGGCAGUGCAUAGGAUGAAAAUGUGGUGGGGCGAGGAUGCGGAAGAGUUCAGGCCAGACAGGUUCCUCGAUACAGCAGAGUAUAAGUGGCCCCGAGACGCUUUCAUGCCCUUCUCCCUGGGAGCACGCGCGUGCAUAGGCGCCCGGUUCGCAACGCUAGAGGGGAUGCUUAUUCUGUCCCUCCUUGUGCGGGAAUAUGAGAUCUGCCUGACGCCGGAGAUGGAGGCUUUACCGGUGGAAGAACGCAUGCGGCAGAUGCUAAGCUGGAAGAUUGGGGUUGCCAUACAGGCCAAAGGAGCGAAAGUAUUGUUGAAGAAACGGAAGUAG